AUGGAUAAUAUCUUAUCAUGGAAUGUGAGAGGUUUAAACAACAAGACUAAACAAAUUGAGGUGAGAAAUUUCAUCUCCUCUCAUAAUGUCAAGUUGUUUGGCCUCUUAGAAACAAGGGUGAAAGCCCCUAAUCUUGGUUCAGUUUAUAACAAUGUGUGCUCUGGCUGGUGUUUUUCUCAUAAUCUUUCAUGUCAUAAGAAUGGUAGGAUUCUUAUUGGGUGGUGUCCUAACUCAUUUACUGUGGAUAUAUUGCAAGUUAAUAGCCAAUACAUUCACUGUAAGAUUAGGACUAAGGAAGGGAUGGAAUUUAAGUGUACUUUUGUUUAUGGUUUUAAUGAUGCUCACAGUAGGGAGAUCUUAUGGAGUGGGCUCAAGAGGUUGGCUCAACAACCAGAAGAGCCAUGGGUCCUCUUAGGGGACUUUAAUGCCCUAAGUAAUAUUGAAAAUAGAAUAGGGUCAAUGGUUAGUAUGGCAGAGAUAAGACCUAUGACUGAUUGUAAUCUGAGUGAUGUGAAAUCUUCUGGGAGGUACUUCACAUGGAAUAACAAGCAGGAUGGCCCAAAGAUAGUUUUCUCCAGAAUAAAUAGGGUCAUUGCAACUCAGAAAUGGUUGGAUAGCUUUGAAUUGGUUGUUGUUGUCGUUAUGCCAGAGGGCAGUUAUGACCAUACACCUGUUGUUUUACAGGUAUACCCUCAGAUCCAUAAGAAGAAACCAUUCAGGUUUCUAAACAUGUGGUGCCACCAUCAGGCUUUGAGUGACACUGUGCAACAAGUGUGGUCUAAUCAUGUGCAUGGUUGUGUUAUGUUUAGGGUGAUGCAAAAAUUAAAGCAGGUGAAAAUAGCUUUAAAGAGUUUGAAUAAGGAAGGAUUUGGUGAUGUUGAGGCUAAUGUAAUUAAAGCCCAACAUGAAUUGGUGAAGGUGCAGGAACAAAUGCACCAAGAGCUCAAUAAUGUUGAUCUGAUUGUUCAGGAAAAGGUAGCACAGGAGACAUUGCUGAGAGCAAAAAAAAGUCAGUAUUCUUUCUUGCAACAAAAAUCUAAGCUGACAUGGCUUCAAUGUGGAGAUGAGAAUACAAAAAAUUUCUAUCAAGCUUUGAAAGAUAGAAGAUGUCACAAUAAAGUUUAUUCAAUACAUGAUAGCCAUGGUAACUGGGUCAAUACCCAGGAACAAGUUGAAGAAGCUUUUAUUAGCUAUUAUAUGGAGCUAUUCUCUUGCAAAGAACAAAAGCAGCCUGUCUUGCAAGCUCUACUGAAUAAUGGGUAA